UCAUAUGUGAGCAAUGCUUGUGAACAGACGCAAACGCGGUAUAAGAUAAAAUACCUUGAUAACAAGUAAAUGUACCCUUAUAAAUAAGGAGCUGCAGCAGCAAAUGCUAAUACAAGUUUUUAAGUGCUGCGGUUACAAAAAUCAACUCUAAAAGUGUAAAGUGGCAAACAAAUUUAAAAACGCAACUCGGUGUACUCAAAAUUUUAAUAAACUCAACUGCAAAUAUGAAGGAUUUGUUUGCGCGCCGUUAUAGUGCAGUUUGUGUAAGCGAUGAAGAGGCCAACAGUCAGCGGCCAUCGAUAGCGAUGCAUGGAUUUGGAAUGGAAUUGCAACCCGACGCAGAUCCUGCUUCGUCAUGGGCCACUCAGACCUCCAUUCGCAAGAGUCUCAAGGCAAAUCGUUCGAUGAAUCCGAUGGACAUGUUGGGUAGCUUUUUCAACGAACCAAACCAAAGCAACCGCAAUAGAAUUCCUACCCGCGCGUUUCUUCUUCUAGCCAUCGGAUUUUUGGCCAUAACAGCAGCUACGCUGGUUAAAGUUUUCGAGCCUUACGAUUUGAUAUUCAAAUGGGUAAGUCCAAAAUUGAACUGCUGUCCUUAUGAGCCAUUUAUUAGCCUGGUGAAGUUAAUAAUGACGGAGGGGGGCGAAAUCUUUAAUCUGUGGGCGCAGCCUCCAGUAGAUUUGUACAUUAAGAUAUAUCUGUUUAACAUAACCAAUGCUCAGGCCUUUCUGGCGGGUCGGGAGCUCCUCAACGUGGAACAAGUGGGUCCCUAUGUAUACAAGGAGGUAAUGACCCACAAGAACAUCACGUUUAAUGAAAAUAACACCAUGUCCAGCACACCCAGUCAUCCCUUGGUCUGGCAGGAUCAAAUGUCAGAGGGUCGUCGUGAGGAUGAUGAGGUUAUAAUGCUAAAUAUUGCCAUGUUGGCUAUAUCACACCUUACAGCUAACCAGCCGUUCUUGAUUAGAAUGGCUCUAAAGACACUGCUUGUAAGCACAAAGUCGGAGCCAAUAGUUCGAACCACUGCCAAGGAGUUUAUGUUUGGAUACCCUUCGACGUUGGCUACACUGGGCAACACCUUUCUCCCGAACUGGAUAUCCUUUGAGAAAGUGGGGCUUAUUGAUCGCAUGUACGACUUCUCUACGGAUUUCGAGACGUUCUACACAGGCGUUCCCAAUCCGGCGCUUUCGGGACUGUAUGCGACUUACCGUGGAGAAACAAAACUUCCCCAGUGGGAGCAAGACCACUGCAAUAACAUAGAGUACGCAUCCGAUGGCACAAAGUUCAAAAGUUUCAUUCAACCGAACGAGACAGUAAAGUUUUUUAGAAAAAGCAUGUGCAGGCCGAUUAAUUUGUACCGCGUGGGCGAAGAGAAAACCUAUGGUAGCCUAAAGGGAUACAGCUAUGUGUUCGAGGAAAACGCGUUCGAUAAUGGGGUAACCAAUAAGGCCAACAAAUGUUUCUGCAGAAAAGGUGACUGCCAGCCGGUUGGACUGAUUGACGUCACUGACUGCUACUACGGAUUCCCAAUCUCCUUGAGCUUUCCACAUUUCAUGAACGGUGACUUGGGGCUGCAAAAAAACGUUUCCGGCCUAAACCCUGAUCCGGCUAAGCACUCUUCAGCCUUUGUCAUUCAACCGGAAUCCGGACUGCCGCUUUCGCUAUCUGUUAAAGUGCAAAUUAACAUGCACUUCAAAGACCUAUAUAAUUUUCCGACAGUCUCCAAGUUUAGUCAUCUUACGGUGCCCAUGCUAUGGUUCGAGAUCAUGAUGUCAAAACUGCCCGACUCUCUGGACUCGCGGUUUAACUUCUACCUAAACAUUUUGCCGUUCGUCAAUCCCCUAGGCUUUUGGAGUGGUCUUCUGCUGGGAAUUAGUCUCAUAGGCUAUGCUAUUACUAGAGCUACGAUCCACAUGUCGAGCCACGCUCGCCAUGUGACCAAUAUAUCCGAGGGCAAGUUUGUCCGUGCCAAUUUAAUCCAGAAAAUUGCAGGUAGGACCUUCAGUCAAGCGAACCAACCCUGCGGGAUAAGGGUCAUAGAAGACCGUCAGUUUGCCAAGCCACACGUUAUUGAUCGAUUGGUCGUCGAAGACUCAGCCUUCCGGCAGCUUCACCGAAAAUCUACCUACGCCCUGGACAAGGAGCCAGCACUGUUGGAUGUCGAUGAGAGCAGUGACGAGGGGCACACCUGUGACACAUUCACUUUUAAGCGAAUUUCCACAAUGACCAAUUCCUGCGUAGAAUUAGAACACUGCCAUGACGAUGACGAGUGCUUCUACAGAGCUUUGGAUAGGGAUAUGGGGAAGGAAAUCGCUGCUGCUGUAAACCAGCAGCUUGACGCUGGCUCGGGUAGCAAAUAUUUGAUCAGCUCAUAUUUGCCGUUACAGAGUUUCAAAUCCAACGUGAACGAUGAGAACCAAAGGAACAAAAAACAAUCGAUACCUUAUGCUGAUCCGGAUCCAUCCAAUGGGAAAACAAUACAGAGCCCGAAAGGAACCUCAUAGAUAAAGUUUUUCAUAUUUUAAGUUUCAUCAUAGUGCAUCAUAGUUUGGGUGUAUUGGGCACAAAAUUGCAGAUUUCCUUUUAUAUAUUAUUAUAUAGCAUAUUUUUUGUUUUAAAACUGUGAAAGCUUUAAAGCACAAAAAAUUCCUGUAAAUAGCACGCAUUAUAGUUAUUUUAAACAAAUAAAAACUGAUCUAUGGGA